AUGCUCCCUACUACGCUGCGCAACGCGCUCCUGUCCAUCGCUGUCCUCCUUCCGGCCCAUGCGCUUGCGGGCGACGAUGACGAUUCAGAUAUUGUCACGUUUCAAUUUUCGACCUGUGUGAGCACAUGCCUGGGUUCAACAGGCUACAGCAUGGAUGGAGAAGAUAAUCAGAAGAACAUGUGCAAAGCAUCUCGUGAUGGCUUGCUGGAAGCGAUCAUAGCCUGCAUGGUAUCACAAUGUCUGGAGGAUCUGUCCACCGUGGACGCAACUCUCCUGCAGCCGAUGCAAACGGGCUGUAAAGAGCUUGAGAAGCCAGUCUCGGACGAUGAGAUUGAGGAUGCUGCAAGUGCCGCUGCAAAUAUCCGGGCAUCGAUUGCCGCAACUACGAGCACCUCAUCAUCGUCUACCACUGAGCUGGCCGCGACAACGUCUACGACCCCGAGCUUCCAACCUUUAGCGAUCGAGACCGAGACUUCGACAGCACCUGCCCUGCUCACUACUCCAUUACCCGCGGAGAUCCCAUCGGCAGCUGAGCCUCCAGCAGAGACAACAACGUUGGUUCUAGAUCCGAGCCCAGUAGCCGAGACAACCAUUGCCCAGCCAGAACCGGCUGUCCCAGCCGAAACGCAAACAUCGACACCGGAGCCGGCCAUCCCUUCCGAAACCUCACCCGCGCCGGAGCCCGUCAUUUCGGCAGAGUCAAGCAUAACUCCCGCAGCGGCGAUAGCCCCGGUGCCAGAGCUCACCCGUAUCUCGUCCGUACAGCCGACUCCAGAGACCACGGCUUUUACAGAGCUGUCAUCAGCACCAGCACCGAGCCCUGCACCGGCAUCGGAAUCGACAUCGACAGCAGAAGGGAAUCACGCGAACCAGAACCAGCCAGAGACCACGCUGGAGACCAGUUCAGCGACCACAAUAGUCCCGCCCAGCAGCACGGACAAGGGCCAUACGCAGAGCCAACAAACAACCGCCCCCGAGCAGGCUCCCGUCAACAGCUCCACCGCCCAUGCCACCACAAGCACCAAGGCCUCCAAGACAGAGGGCUCCAAGUCCAAGGCAACCCACACAGAGGCCGCCGCGUACUCGUCAUCUCAGGACGACAACGACGACGACAACGGCGCGAUGUCAACGUCCACCGCCACGUCCGACAUUAGCGGCGAUCUGGUGCUGGCGACAGGGACGCCCACGGCAUCGUUGUCAGGCUUCGCCACUUCGAUAACCGCCGUCGUGGCCUCGCCCUCAGCAUCCGGGACCCAGGCCGCGUCGGACUUGGACUCGGACUCGGAUGCUGGCCGUGGCGGCGGGAGCCCCUUCAGCGUCGUGAUGGCGUCGGCGGCGUCGUGGAGCGUGCCCGUUUCGUGCGCCCCUUUGUGGGCUAUGGUGGGCAUGCUUGUGUCUUUAAUGUUGUGA